GUGCUGUGUGUGUGUGUGUCUGGUCUAUGCUUGUGGCGUUUGUGUAUACUGUGCUGCUGGCCCAUCCAGCUCACAUAGUAGGAGAGUAUAGUAGAGCGGGCGGCCAACCAACCCUAAAAGUUUUCAGUUUACCCAGUUGUCGACCGGCGGCUACUCCAGACGGUUGCCUGUUUUGUUUCAUCCUCUUAUUUUUCUUAUUCAUUUUGAUUCCGAUUUCUGAUUCCCAACACAAGCAAAUUAGAGAGACAUUGACUGCUGACUGAUCUUAUUCUGCCCGUCGCACACCAAGCUGGACAGUGAAUUUUGUUCCUGAUUUAAAAAUAAAACGAUUCGGUGAUUUGAAUGAGCGCCCAAUCGCCAAUUAAAGUGAACUGAUCUCGACCGUUUUUUGAUCCAAAAAGUGGCAAGUUUCUGAUCUCGUUACACAUCGCCCGAUUUGUUGGCUAUAUUAUUCCGGUUUUGAAACGAAAGAAGAAGAAGAUGGACGGUCUGAAGAUGGCCCAGCAUCAUUCGCUAAGUGCCGCUAUGAUGGCCAAGGGACUUUUCGGCGGUGGGGCCGCAGCGGCGGCUGCCGGGAUGGCCGGUCUGGCCGGAAUGGAUCCGCGCAGUUUGGCCAUGGCGGCGGCUUUCCUGCCCGUCAAUUUAACGCUGGACGGGAGAUUGCAUCCGCAUCAUCACCAGGCGGCUGCGGCCGCAGCAGCCGCCGCCGCCGCCGCUGCCGCCAGUCUCCAGCACGGACUUCACCAGUUGCAGCAAGAAGCCCGUCACUGUCAGGCGAUGGGUCGGGCCAGCAGUUCCAACGGCGAUCGCUCACCGACGCCACCGACGCCCAUGAUGGAGACUUGGGUUUUGAUUCCUCCGGAGCUGUCGCUGGUCCUUCAGCCGCCGUCACAACAGGCCCGGGUCUGGACCCGAGUCCCAGUGACACAAGGGCGUCGUUGGUCGCCUUUUCAAGGCACCGUCCGCCUAGGCGUCAUGCCAUCGACAGCAGCGUCCGAUUCCGAAUCAGAGAUCCAGCAGCGUUAUCACAGCAGCGGCUGCUACGAGGAAGUCACUGAGGUGCCAUGUCUGGCCGGCUUGUCGGCCGGCGCUGCUGGCACUCGCAAAGUGCGUCACUGCAACUGGGUCCGUUUCAUCCGCCCGUCGCCGCUUUUCACUCCGCUCGUCAACGUCGUCUGCUCCAAAAUCAAAGGCGAACCAGUUUACGAAGCCGUCCGUCCCAUCGGCGCCAACAUGGAACUGAUCGUCUUCUACCUGCCCGGCCUCCACGACGACGAUGAGGAGCUCCUCUACGGAGGCCUUCCGGCUGUCCGCUCACUCCGCUCCUCGCUCUUCCGCCGCACAAUGGGCCUCAUCUUGCAAGAUAGCCCGCUGGACUUGUCGUUGUCGCUGUUGACGUCCUCUUCGCCGACGCCCGACGACCAGCAGCAACAACAACAACAACAGCAACAACAACAGCAGCAGAAGCACGAGCAGCAGAAGCAGCAGAAGACUCAGGUGGUUGUGGGUUCCAGCAACGUCGCCACCUCUGGCGGGGCUUCCGACGGACGCCAAUCGGUUUCCAGCGAGCAGUCGGCCGGCUUGUCGUCAGGAGCCGAUGAAAUGGCCAGCAACACGUCCGGUUUGGACGCCUCAUCCGACGCUUUGGGACUCAUCCAGAGCCACCACCACCACCUGGGCCACCACCACCACAGUCUCCACCAUCAGUUAGGAGGAGCCGCUUCCAACGGAGUGGCGUCGUCCAACGGCGGCGGAAGAGGCGGACGGGCCAGCGGAAUGACCUCCGUUUCGUCGGCAUCGUCGGGCCGCCCUGCCCGCCAGCGUCCUUUGCUUCCGUGUCAGGUUUGCGGCAAAGCUUUCGACCGGCCGUCGCUACUCAACCGUCACAUGCGCACUCAUACCGGAGAGAAGCCUCACGUUUGUGACGUGUGCGGCAAAGGAUUUUCAACGUCGAGUUCGCUCAACACGCACCGGCGAAUUCACAGCGGCGAGAAGCCCCACCAGUGCCCCGUCUGCGGCAAACGCUUCACCGCCUCCUCCAAUCUCUACUACCACCGAAUGACUCACAUCAAGGAGAAGCCGCACAAGUGCGCCUUGUGUUCUAAGUCGUUCCCGACGCCGGGAGAUUUGAAAUCUCACAUGUACGUGCACAGCGGCUCGUGGCCGUUCAAGUGUCACGUCUGCUCGCGCGGUUUCAGCAAACACACCAACCUCAAGAACCACCUGUUCCUCCACACCGGUGACAAGCCGCACGCCUGCGAAUUGUGCAACAAACGCUUCGCCUUGGCUUGCAAUCUCCGCGCCCACAUGAAAACCCACGAAGGUGAGCCGCAGGAGGAGUGCGCCCGUUGCGGCAAGACGUUCCUGAUGUUGGUCGGCGGCGGCGGCGGGGGGUCGCAGGUGGGCAGCGACGUCACGGGACUCUGCAACGAUUGCUCCGGCGGCGAUCCAGCCACCGACAACGACAAGGAGGAACUGGAAGAAGACUCGGAUGUCGGCGGCAUCAGCGACGUCAGCGGCGACGGAGACGUCGACGUCGAUAACGAUCAAGACUAAAAUAAUAAAAACGACACCAUUUUUAAUUUCUCAAACUGGGAAAUCAAUCAAUGAAUUAUUCCGAAAAUAAAAAGAAAAGAUUUUUAUUGUAAUACCAAGAUGUGCCUUAUUAUAUAAUACAUUCAACUAUAUAUGUAUACUAUAAUUAUUUGAUAUCGAAUUUAAUUUCUUUGUCUCCAUUCCCGUGUGUUUUCAACCAGAUUUUAAGUGCCUUUUUUCUUUUUAAAAUCUAUCAAAUUAUUUACAACUAUUUGUAGCGAUUGCUGUCCUAAAAUGUCGACUCCAUUUUUCACUGUGUGGGUUUUAAUUUUGUAUUUUUCUCCUGUCUCACGUAAGAAAUUGAUUUCCCCCUAUUGCGUAAUUAUAUAGUUGAUGUGUGUACUAUAUCUAAUAUUAUGUAAUCAUCAUAAGACACUCCUGUCACUCUCUAGUCAACAAAUACUUUCACUGGUUUUUCCUCUUUUUUAAAUUUUUGUCUGACAUUUUUUUUCCCUCCGCGUCGAGUUUUUGAGUGGAAUUUAUUUUGGCGGAAAACUACACAUUCGUUAGCUCUUUUAUUCGGGAGGGUCUCAUCUUGUUUUUUUCUUUUCAAUAAAAAUAGAACUGCUGUGUGUUGGUUUGUUUGAAACCCCCGGUAUAUAUAUAUAUAUAAAUUGAAUCUUGUUUACGUGUGUGUAUUUGCGUGUGUCUAUCACAUUUUAUUUCCACCCUGUCUAAUUAUCAUCAAAUUUUUUGAAUUCUAUAAUAAGAUGAUUUCUGUUUUUGGCCAUUUUUCUUUCUAUCUCUCUGCCACUUUCACACUUUGACAGUUGGAAUAAUUUUAUUAAUAAUAAUAUGCUACUGCCCGCGCUCCUCUCUCGACGAAAUGUCCAUAAUUCUUUUUUUGUUCUCUGUCCCGUUGUUGUUGUUGUUGUCCAAGUUAAAAAAACAAACAAAAAAAUCAUUUUCCUUUUGACGUCCAAUCAGCGAUAGACACGGAGGCAAUAAUACACUAGUGUGAUUGA